AUGGGCUUGAGUUCAACACUGGCAAGCCUCCUGUUGUUCCUCAGCCUGUGUGGAAUCUGUAGAGCAUCUGAACAGGGGAAGUGUACUGACUACAAGCUCCAGUUUGAGAGGGUUUUCUCUGUUCCUGGAGAUGUGGCGAUGCUGAACAGCACACUGGUCUCUCCAGAUGUCUUUGACUUCAAAGCUGUCCCGUACACAAUCAUGUGGUACAACUCAACGUCAGGCCAAGAAAUCACCAAUCAGACUGGUCAUAUCCUGGUGAACCAGGAGACCCUGUGGUUUCUGAAUGCAACACUGAGUGACAGCGGGGAUUAUGUGACCAUACUGAGGACUCCUUCUCACUGCUAUAGGCAGGCCGCCAAGCUGGUAGUAGAGGAAAGACUUCCAGGAGAAUGUGGAAGGCCGAGGAAAGCUUUACAAGAACUUACAAAAGGAGCCAACGACAGCCUGAGCUGCCCUCUGGGGGACCAUAUCAAUAAGCUGAGAAGCUACAACAUCACUUCCUCCAUCAAGUGGUACAGAGACUGUGAGCCCAUAGAGGAUGGGACAAACAUCUACGAGUAUUGGGACACCAAACUGAAAAUUAAUCAUGUGGAACUUCAACAUAAAGGCACCUACACCUGUACUCUAACAUUCACCCUCGAUGGCAUCAAAGGAUCUGUGUCAGAGACCAUUGAUGCAACGGUCACAGAGGAGUACUCUUUGAUUCCACACGUGCAUGAACCCACCAAUGAAGUAGUCAAAGCAGAGAGGGGGUUCAACUUCAGUAAAAGGUGUCUGGUGUUUGUGCCGGGUGACGGGAAGCCUUCUGUUGAUAUCUUGUGGUUGGCCAGAGAGGAUUUCAUUGAGACUAACACCUCUCACCGCGUCCACAUGUUAGAUCAACGUAUGCUGCCCAAUGAUGGUCCUAUCAAAGGCGUGUGGUUAGAGCGACUGCUGAUGUUUUCUGAGCUGCAGAAGGAGGACUUGUACACCAACUACACCUGUCGUGUGUACAGUGACAGGGGCUUUCCUGAGAGAUAUUUUAGUCUGCAACCAGCAGGUAAAAACAUCUACCAUAAAUAUUAUACUUUACCUUACCUUGUUUAUUAACCUUGUGGACUACUGCAUCUUCUCACAAUCAGUAAAUCAAAGAA